AUGGACUAUGUAUGUACAUUUCGCCAGGGAUUGGGGGUCAUUCGAGGCUACUACUAACACGCACAGCAAACACAAAUUGCUAACUUACAGAAGACCCGGUCGGUAGUGGAGACGAUCCACCAGUCGACAUUGAAGAUAUACGAGGACAUUCAGGUGGCGCGGAAGAAUAAUGAAGUGAUUCUAAAUGAGGCCAGUGAAGCCAGGGAGGUGGUCGAGGGGCUUGGAAAAAGUAACGAGAAAUGA